AUGUUGGCCUAUAAGGUGAACUCAGAGCUUCGAUCGCAAUCAUCUCAAAAAAAAGUUUUUAGGUCAAAUCAUCCAACAACUCCAACUACAGCGUCAACACCAUCUAUGGAUUAA